UGGAUGUUGUCCCUUGGAUGGGGAGGCCUAUCGCACAGCAAAAAGCCUGGGCUUUGGGUAGUCUCUUUUGGGGGAGAUCCCUAGCAGAUGAUCCAAAGAGAGCAAAAGGCUGCCUCAUGGAUUCCAAUGGACAAAGGACCUCUGCAACUUGGAAGAAAUUUUUGGCCUUCGUAGCCUUCCAGCUUGGAUUUAUCGUGAUACUCUUUGCCUACAUCGAAAUGUCCAUGAAAACAGAACCUGGGGGUCAUGAUCCUGCCACACUGGCAUAUCCUGUUGACAUGGGUUUCUCCAAACUCACCCUCCUGCUCUGGACAUGCCCUUUCAGGAAGCAAUGCCAUAUCGAAAACUGUUCCAAGCUCCUGGGCAUCCCUGAGUGCCACAUCACCACUGAGCGCAGCUGGUAUCCAAAGGCAGACGCAGUUCUGAUCCACCAUCGUGAUCUCCAUGGUAACCCCAAGAAACUCCCCAAAGAACCGAGGCCGCCAUCUCAACGCUGGAUCUGGUUAAACAUGGAGUCUCCCAGCAACUCACCUAACCUCGACUCCAUGGACAACCUCUUCAACCUCACCAUGACUUACCGGAGAGACUCGGACGUCUACAUUCCUUACGGGUGGAUGGAAGUCCUCCCUCAGCCUCAAAAUUUCACUAUUCCACCCAAGUCUAAGCUGGUGGCCUGGGUGGUGAGCAGCUGGAAGUCAGGCUCUGUUCGGGUAAAAUACUACAAGGAACUGAAGAAGUAUAUCCCAGUGGACGUCUACGGACGCCAUCACUCACCUCUCCCUUGGGUUAAACAACUGUCCAUGUUGUCCCAAUAUAAAUUCUACCUGGCCUUUGAGAACUCCAUACAUGAGGACUACAUCACGGAGAAGAUCUGGAGGAAUGCCUUCCUCACUUGGGCCGUGCCUGUCGUUCUUGGGCCACCCAGAAAGAAUUACGAACGUUAUAUGCCCUCGGACUCAUUCAUUCACGUCAAUGACUUCCCAUCUGCCCAAGAAUUGGCCAUGUUCUUGCAUGAAUUGGACAGGAACACAACACGAUAUCAGAGUUACUUCCAUUGGCACUCGUGGCUGAAGCCCAUUCGAGGCUUCUGGUGGAGCUUCAGCUUCUGCAAAGCUUGUCAGGUCUUACAGAAGAAACCAGUUCAAUUCCAGACCAUUCCAGAACUGAGCAAGUGGUUCAAGGACGGGAGAAACCUCACUGCAUGAGACAGUGAACUACCUUUCUUUGUCCAGCCAGGCCUGUCUGUGACUGAUCCUCUGGUAAGAUCAUGGUGUCCCAAAGAUGGAACUAGAUCUGGAACACAGAAGACAACACAAGGGAGUGUUCAGAAGCACGGUUGUGUUUCUUUGUUUUUGUUAAGAAAUUGCCAAGCAGAGGUCUUUGUGUCCAUAGCUGUUAAAGUUUGGCUCUGAACCGCUUUGUCUUGUUAAGAAUAUUAAGUUUUGAA